AUGAAUGACAAAGAUCCAACUCCAAAAUUAAAAUCUAGUCCAAUCCCGAUUUUAUUUAUUUCUUUUAAUGAGAAGGAUAAUAACUGCCUUAAUUGUGAAGGAGAAUAUAUUUGGACGCCUUUUUGUUCGCAAAAAUAUUGUAAAAAAUGGUUCUCUCUCUACAUCACUGAUAUUAAUAAUAAUAGUGACGUGUACUUGGACGUAUAUUUAUUAGGAUGUAAUAAACAUAAAAUAAUUGGGAUAUCAAAUAUUGAAGAAUGCUGUAGAAACUGUUUGAAAAUUUUAUACUUUAAACAAAUACCCGCAAGUUAUUUUUGUUAUAAUGCAUCCGAUUAUGGUUCAUACAAUGUAAUUGAAAGGGAAAAAUAUUGUAAACUAUGUGAAAAAUCGUUAUAUCAAGGAACAAAUCAUAAUAUUGCGAAAGGAUUCAAAUUGUGUUCGAAUUGUUAUUUGAUUUCUUCUGGAUGGAUCGAAUCAACUUUGACUAAAAAUUCCAUUCCAAUUAUUUAUUUACCAUGGUGGAAUAAUAUAUCUUAUUGUGAAUCUUGUUAUUCAAAAUUAAUUUUUACAUCAGAAUGUCAAAAGCAUUGUAUGAAUUGUCUUAUAUUUUAUAUUGGAUGUAGAUAUUGUUUAACAACAAAUAUUAUUUUUGGAUUUACAAAUCAAUCUCAAUGUAAAAAAUGUGAAAGAAUAUCAUCUAUUACUUUUAAUGUAACAAAUAUUAGCAGCGGGAAUAGUUUUUUAGAUGAUUUUCUUUUUAAUUCAAGGCACAGUAAUUUAAAAUUAGAAGAAUAUAGCUGUAAUAAAGCAGAAAAUUUAUUGGAAUGGAUACCAUAUUCCCAAUUUACAGAUGUAAAAGAAAUAGCAAGGGGAGGAUUCGGCAUUAUAUACCAAGCAACUUGGCUAAAUGAUCCAAUAUAUGACGAUAGUAAUAUUUAUAGUAUGAAGAGGAAUAAGGAAAAUAGGAGAAAUGAAAGUGUCAUUUUAAAAAGAUUUAAAAGUUCUGAAAAUUUGAGCAAAUAUUUUUUAAAUGAGUUAAAAUCGAAUUAUUAUUGUAGUAAAAUUUAUCAUCAUAUUAUAAGAACUUAUGGUUUUACAAAAGAUCCUGAAUUUGAAGAUUAUAUGAUAGUAAUGCAAUAUGCAUCAGGAGGAGAUUUACAUAAUUACUUACAAAAGGGAUUUACUAAAAUUACUUGGAAUAAUAAAUUACAAACUUUAUGGCAAAUUUCAGAAGGACUUGAAACUAUUCAUAAUGCAGAAUUUAUACAUCGAGAUUUUCAUAGCGGAAAUAUACUUCUUACUUCAUCAUAUUACCUUCAUAGAUGGCAAAUCGGAGAUUUGGGAUUAUCACAACCCGCAAAUAAUACAUCAUCAAAUAAUGAAAUAUAUGGAGUAAUACCUUAUGUUGCGCCAGAAAUAUUUAAAGGAUCAGCAUUUUCCAAGGAAUCUGAUAUUUAUAGUAUGGGUAUGAUUAUGUGGGAAUUUACAACAGGUUGUAAGCCUUUUGCUAAUGUUGAGCAUGAUAUUCGACUUAUUUAUAAAAUUCUUGAUGGGCUACGACCUAAAAUUACAGAAGAUACGCCAGAAAGUUAUGCUAAUUUAAUGAAAAGUUGCUGGGAUUCUGAUCCCCAAAAAAGACCUUCUAUAGCAGAAAUUUGUCAGAUUUUUAGAGACUGGUAUUUUGGAGGCAAUGGAGUACAAUCUACAGUUUUCGCGUGCAAGAAUUCUAAGAAUGUGGUUUGUGAUUUUGGCCAAGCCGAAGAAAAAAGAAUUGAAUUAAUAAAUUCACAGAAACUUGGUCCUGAAUUCGUUGAAAGAACUCACUCAAAAGCUAUUUAUACAAGUAGAUCAUUAAAUGUUUACAUUUCAAAGAUUAUAUCUAUUGAUUUUUCUUCAUUAGUUUCAUUUGAAAAUUCUGAUAAUAAACAAGGCUAUAUAUCAAAAGAACUAGAGUUUGAUAUAGAAUUAUAG